AUUCAUUAUUCCUGUCUUGCUAUCUACUACCUUACAACAUGCCUUCUGCCGAAACCUCUAUCAUGGAAGUCCCUCGUACUUCGUGCUACCAGCGCAUUGUCGUCGAAGGCACGCCCUAUGAGAGAGGACUUUCGCAUGGAAGACAGGUGGCUGACAAGGUCCGUGCCAACAUCGAGUAUUACAAGCUUCCAGGCAAGCUCCCGCAUUGGUCCAUCUCCUCCAAGAUCAUCGAGACCGUCUACAUCCCAGCCUUUGAGAAAUCCUACCCCACCGGCCUCGAAGAGAUCAGAGGAAUCGCGGAUGGAGCAGGUGUUACGAUCGAAGAGGUCAUCAUGCUUAAUGCUCGAUACGACCUUGGCAGAUGCAUGUAUCGACUCCAAGAUGGUGGCAAGACUCCACAGGAGCUUAACGGGCAUGAUGAAUGCACGAGCGGAUUCUUCCCUCCCGAAGCAGUGGCAUCUGGUCGGGCUUUGGCCGUGCACAACUGGGACAUGUCCAGCCAUCUUUAUAACCAGGACCUCAUUAUCUACCUCGAGGUACACCCAGACCCGUCUGAGGACCGACCUUCUAUGUUUAUUCUCACUGAGGCUGGGCAGCUGAUCCGCAGUGGGAUGAACUCGGCCGGUAUGUCGGUUACUGCAAACUCGCUGCUAUCAAGCGAAGACUACGUGCCCAUCUCGCACACCGACCAGAACGGAGUCUACCAUGAGAUCAAGAAUCCCAAGCCUGUUCUCCCGCUGUCAGUAGCAAGACGCGUCUUCCUUGAGUAUAGCAACUACGCCGAGGGCUUGGUGGCAAUUAACGCCUUCCCCCGCCACGUCUCAGGGAACCUACACGUCUCGACAGCCGAAGGGUUUGCGAUGGCUAUGGAGGUCGCCCCAAGCCGCGUGUACAAGUUCUACGGAAACAUUGAUGAUAACUACCUCAUACACAGCAAUCACUUCCUAAGUCCAGAAUUUUUGGGUCGUGAUGAUGUUUUUGAUCGUUCUCCUGGUGGGAGCACCUGGUUCAGAUGCUUGCGAGCCGAGAAGGGAGUAAGAGCAGAUUGUGCAGCGGGGAGAUUGACGCCGGAAAAGAUCAGGACGGCUUUUUCGGACCACCUGGCGUAUCCUGAGAGUUUGUGCAAUCAUCCGAAUCUCAAUCAGAAGAACACGCCGAGCGCUGUAUUGACUGGGUAUACAUCCAAGCAGAACAUGACUGUCGCUUUCGUCAUUUAUGAUCUGACGGAACGGGCAAUCACCGUCUGCAAGGGGCCUCCUUGUGAGGGUGUGCUGCAGAAGUUCAAACUUGAGGAGAGGCGAUCGUUGAAGCAUUGA